AUGACGAUCUGUACUUAUAACGGCCGAACGCUUCCACCGGAUGGGGCCACUGAAGAUCUAAUGAAGCAAGCCAGGAAGUUUAAGUUCGACUUUAUCGGACUGACCGAGACGAGGCGACGCCACCCACUGAACGUGUGUGACACUGGAGAAGAACUGUUCUUACAAACAUGCGAGAGCAGACAAGUUGGUGGAGUUGGUGUCCUCGUUAACACGAAUAUGGCAGUGAAUAUCGACUCUUUCGAACAAAUUACAACCCAAAUCGGACAUUCGCAGACGAGAAGAUGUGAAGAAGUCGAAGCUUUCUACACGGAUCUGGAGAAGUUCUACAGAGAAGACCAUACCUUCUACAAUUUUGGCGUUGAAAUCACCAAGGUUAUAAUUGGUGAUUUCAACGCCAAAAUUGGCCCCAGAAGAACGCCUGAAGAACUUCACAUCGGAACCCACGGUCUUCAAUGGAAUGAGAAGGUAGAAAGGCUCACCGCGUUCAUUAUGACGACUAAGACCAUCCAUGGGAACUCGCAAUUCCAGAAGCCCUCCUCUCUACGCUGGACAUGGGAGUCACCCGAUGGAGGAUAUCAUAACGAAAUCGACCAUAACAUCGUCAGUAGAAUGUUUUGCUUGAGGGAUGUCGCUGUUGUACCAAAAGCUGAUACGUCAGCGUGGAGCUGCACGAGCUGCAGGCAGCCAAGAACUUACGUCGGAGCUCGCAAGGGUUCGCAGAGAGGCCGUGAAGAAGACCUCAAAGAGAGAAGACCAGAAGUGUUGGCUGAAGCUGUAGAGGCGUGGCAGAGCAUUCGCUAUGCCCGUCGGAACUGCGCCAAUCGUAAAACAGUUAUGGCUCUCCGACCCUCAGAUGGAGCAACUACAUCAUCGAGGAGGAUGGAGAAGGUCACUCACGAAUACUACUCAGAUCUCUUCGACAGCCAUGUCCACUUGCCUCCUCAUCAUCUGAGGGAAGAUGGACAUAACAUUCCAAAGGUCCUCCCUUCCGAAGCCCGUCAUGCCAUCAUGUCGGUGAAGAAUCGUACUUCACCUGGUCCCGACAGAAUCAAGCCUGAACAUCUGAAGUACUUACCGCCAGUCCUCAUUAACACUAUGGCAAGGCUCUUUACACGUUAUCUGUCGGAAUGCAGGAUUCCUAAAGAAUGGAAAACCAGCAAGGCCGUGAUGUUCUAUAAGAAGGGAGACCCACAAGCAAUCGGCAUCUAUCGCCCAAUCUGCUUAUUGUCUGACAUCUACAAUCUCUUCACAAGAGUAAUCUUAAACAGGAAAAAAGAACAUCAGAUGAAGGCAACCAUGCGAACAAGCAGGGUUUUGAAAAGGGUUCAGUGCGAUUGA